UUAGUUAUCUCUGCCAUCUCGAUCAUAUUCGCCAUCGCUUCCUAUGGAAAUUAUGUUCCAAACUGGGGCAAUAUAUAUGUGGCCUCGAACGCCUGUUUCAACUGAUGUGAAAAAUGAGGGCCUCCGAUCUAAAAAAAAACAUGGAAGGUGUAGAUCGGAAACAAAUGCGGGGUCACUGCCUCAGGCAGCCGCCCCCAUAUAGCCGAUAUACCAAAUAUGCUCUCCGCUCUACCGAUCGGCCAUGUUGACCGAGGUCUCGGUUGUCUUAUAUCAAAAUCAAUGAGGGUCUCUCUCCCUUCCUUUUUGGACCUAUUCCUUUUCUAGAUCCGAAAUCGACGACAACAUGCCCCCUUUCCAGAACACGUCACGUACACUCCGUACCCUCCGGACCCUCCGCACACACCAGCCGCUGAGCGUCCGCCACCUCACCACCCCCUCCUCGCGCCAACCCGGCCCCCUCACCGGCAUCACCAUCGUCAGCCUCGAACAAGCCAUCGCAGCCCCCUUCUGCACGCGCCAGCUAGCCGAUCUCGGGGCGCGGGUGAUCAAAGUUGAACGACCAGGCGUCGGCGACUUCGCCCGCGACUACGAUACGCGCGUCAAUGGACUGGCCUCGCACUUUGUCUGGACCAACCGGUCCAAGGAGAGCCUGGCGCUCGACUUGAAGGAGCCGCGCGACCACCGGGUCCUGAUGCAGCUGCUGCGCAAAGCCGACGUGCUCGUGCAGAACCUCGCCCCGGGCGCCAGCGGACGCCUGGGGCUGUCGUACCCCGACCUCAAAAGCACCCACCCCUCCCUCAUCGUGUGCAACAUCUCCGGCUACGGGUCAAACGGGCCCUACCGUGACAAGAAGGCGUACGAUCUGCUCAUCCAGAGCGAGGCCGGCAUGCUCUCCGUGACGGGGACCGCUGCCGGCGAACCUGUGAAGGUGGGCAUCUCGAUCGCCGACAUCGCGGCGGGGAGCUACGCCUACUCGAGCAUCCUGGCGGCGCUGUACCGCCGCGAGCGGGACCCGGCCCGGCGCGGGGGUGAGCUGGAUAUCUCGAUGCUGGAGGCGAUGGUCGAGUGGAUGGGGUUUCCCAUGUACUACACGUAUGGGAAUGCGGCUGGUCCGAAGCCGGCCGGGGCAUCGCAUGCUGCGAUCUAUCCGUACGGUCCGUUUGAGGCUGGCGAUGGGAAGUCGGUGAUGCUGGGAAUCCAGAACGAGCGCGAGUGGGCCAAGUUCUGUGAGCUGGUGCUCCGGCAGCCUGAGGUGGCACAGGAUGAUCGGUUCAAAAAUAACUCGCUGCGCGUGAAGAAUCGCGACGCGCUGCAGCAGAUCAUCAACGAUGCAUUCUCGGAAUUGUCUGCUGAGCAGGCGGUUGCGCGGCUGGAUGCGGCGGCGAUUGCCAAUGCUCGGGUGAACGAUAUGCAGGGGGUGUGGGAGCAUCCGCAGCUCAAGGCUCGCAAUCGGUGGACUUCGGUGGCGACGCCGGCUGGGACGGUGCCCGCACUGGUGCCGCCGGGAAUGUCGCUGGAUGAUAGCGAGGCGUUUGAUGUGCGGAUGGAUGCGGUGCCGGAUGUGGGGGAGCAUAAUGAGGUCAUAUUGGCGGAGUUGGGGAUUGAGCGAGAGUAAUUCUGGGUAGUUAGAGGGUGUUCAGUCUCCUCCGUGGAUAGCCGCAUACCACUGUGAAAUCUGAACAUAAAUAUUCU